AUUGUCUCCAUUCACUAGUAGUAGAUGCUAAUAAUCCCAAGUCCCAACUACAUACAUUUUUAAUCAUCAAUAAUAAUGAUCAUUAAGAACCAUUUCUUCAUGUCCAUGAUCAUGUUCACAUUCACCAUGGUUUAUUUUCUUUUCAGUGUUGUUCAUGCUCAAAACAACGAUGAAGACAUGGCACCUGAGAUGUCUGAUACACUGCAUCCAAGCAAGGCUCUUGUUAUAUCGGUCCUCACCGUAAUCUUCACCAUAACAUUCUUCUUACUCGCAUAUGUUCGUUUCUGCAGAUUCAAUCCAGUUGUUGGGAUGUCGUAUCCGAAUCCCAACAACAUUCAAGGUAAUAUCUUGACCCGAAACGGGUCAAGAUUCUCCGGAAUCAACAGGGAACUCGUCGAAAAACUCCCCUUCUUCAGAUUCUCUUCUCUCAAGGGCUCCAAAGAAGGUCUAGAAUGUACCGUUUGCCUCUCGAAAUUCGAGGAUUCCGAGGUCCUCAGACUACUCCCAAAGUGCCAACACGCUUUCCACAUUAAUUGUAUUGACAAGUGGCUCGAAAGCCACUCGACUUGUCCUCUUUGCAGGUACAGGGUGGAACCCGGAGACAUCAAAAGUAACGUGCGCUCUCUUAGCUUCGGGUCCCUCCGAGUACCUUCAAAUUUAACGGAAGAAUCAAACCUCGAGAUCUACAUCCAAAGGGAACCAUCACAUCGACGGUCAUCAAGAUUUGGCUUCUUGGAAUUCAGCAAGAGCAAGAAACAAGAAGAAGAAGGUGGUAGUGGUAGUAAUAGUAAUAAUAACAAUGAUAUGAAUAAGAAUAACCACAAGUUCAACCACAGAAUAGUGAUAUCUGACGUUGUAACAAGAAGUAGGUGGAGCGAUCUAAACUCUUCGGAUUUGCUAUCUUUGAGCAUGGAGAUGCUCAACGAUGCUUCCAGCGCGAGAUUCUCACCGGAAAAGAUUGUUCAAGGGGAAUAUUCAGUUAGUGUCGAUGAUGAAGACGAGAAUUCAUUCACAGCACUGAAUAGUAGUAACAAGAACAAGGAUUGUGGGGAGAAGAGAUCAAUGUCUGAGAUUGCAAAUGUUCCGAGAUUUGCAGAGAUCAUGACGAUGAAAAAGCAGAACAGUAGUAGUGGCGGUGUUGGAAGGGAAGAAGAGAGGUUCUUGAGGAUUUGGAUGCCGAUUGCUCGUAGAACGGUUCAGUGGUUUGCAAGAAGACAAAGAAACUACUAUGAUGCUGGUGAUGAAUUAAGGAGGCACAAACAUUUAGGAUCAAAUGUUUGAUCAAUGGUAUUGUUGUUGUUGUAAUAGAACUAGAACGUAAACAAGUGUAUACUUUGAUUUUGUGUCGGUGUAAUUAUCAUAUUAAACUAUAAUCUCAGAAAAGCAUAGAAAAGUGAAAUUUAAUAGCGUCCCGAAUGAAAUUAACGAUAAUAUCAUUA